AGCGCUGUCAGUGUUGAUAGUGGUAGCGUUGGUAUUUCAUGAAAAAGAAUGUGUUGUUAACCGGCGCACCUUUCGUUCGACUAUUUCUUUGUCACUGUGUUUAGUAAAUUCAAGACGAAUUUCAGUUAGUAAUUUCAGUUAGUAAAGGGAAGAGUGCUAGGUAAAUUGUAAGUAGUGAAUCCCUUUUCAAGAUGCAUAAGAAUAAGGAGGAAUUGAAGAUGGAUUAUUCGUUGUUUACGAAUGAGGUGUCCAAGCGACGACGAUCGGCGACUACCAGGGAAUUAACGAAAAUAGCGUACUCAGCGCCCAAAACCCUGGUAUCUCUCGCCGAGGGAAUGCCAAACGAGGAGACGUUUCCAUUCACAGAAAUUUCCAUCAAACUUAAGGAUGGAUCGUCUUUCACCCUCGACGAUCGAGAAUUGGGUGCUGCGUUGCAGUACAUUCCUACCCAAGGAUAUCCACCGCUUCUUCAGACCCUGAGGGAAUUUCAGAGAAGGGCGCACGCACCACCCUUAUGGGAGAGCCGCGAUAUUGUGGUGGUAUCUGGAUCUCAGGACGGAUUAAGCAAAACUUUGGAAGCCAUAAUUGGUCCUGGAGAUCCACUUCUGGUGCAUGAUCCUUUUUAUCCGGGCGUGGAAGUUGUGGUGACGCCUCAUAAGGCGGAGCUGAUACCGAUUCCGCAGGACGAGUAUGGCGUUGUACCUGAGAUCCUUAGAGAGACGUUGAAGAACAGGGAGUUAUCUGGCAAGAAAAUGCCAAAAAUUAUGUACAUAAACGCCACCGGGACAAAUCCUACGGGAGUCGUUAUUCCAUUGGAGAGGCGGAAGGAAAUCUACAGGAUAGCGUGCGAAUACAACUUCCUGAUUAUUGAUGAUGAUCCUUACCAUUUCAUGCAUUUUGACGAUGUGGAACCGAAGUCGUUCUUAUCGUUGGACACAGAAGGACGAGUGAUCAGGUUGGACUCCUUCUCGAAAGUGGUCAGCAGUGGUAUUAGAUUAGGAUUCGUGACGGCUGCAGCUCCGUUGAUAGCCAGCAUAGAACUACACCUGCAGAGCAGCCAUUUGCACGCGCCUACGUUAUCGCAGGUGAUACUGUACAAGCUGAUAAAGACAUGGGGAUACGAUGGACUGAUGAGUCAUUUCAUGGGGAUCAGGUGUUUUUACAAACAACGGAGGGACGUUAUCGCGGCGUUGGCUGAAAAACAUUUGAGAGGUCUGGCAGACUUCUCAAUUCCCAUGGGAGGUUUCUUCCUGUGGAUCAAAGUACGAGGCAUCAAAGACACCUGGAAGAUGAUCAUGCAAAGGGGUGUCAUGGAAGGUGUCAUAAUGGCACCUGGUGCAGCCUUCAUGAGGGAUCCUAGCAAGCCCUGCAAUGCUAUCAGAGCAAGCUUCGCUAAAGCUUCUUAUGAAGAAAUGGAUCUGGCGUUAGAGAGGUUGGCGUACCUCAUCAGGUCCGAGUUGCUCAACAAUUAUUCAAUAAUGAAUGGGAAUUAGGGUAUUAGUCUCUUAGUUUAGUAGUAUUAUAUCAGUUAAAAGUGGUGUACCUGCAGUUGUUCUAUUAGCGACAUUUAGUAAGAAAAAUUCUAUGACGACGAUGCACAAUACCAUUCGCUGUUAAUAAAGGUAUCGUGUCAUCAAAUGUAGAGAAUUUACCGACGGAGAUUAAGGUAGAAAAUUCAGAAUCAAUAUGGGUGCAUGGAGAAAAUCUAUCGAAAUAUUUCUUGCGCUUCUUGUUAGAUGACUGUCAAAUCAAAGUUUCCGAAUUGCUUUAAUAUUUAUAAUUGUAUAUUAAUGUUUUUGUACCAUGUGUAUUUUGUACGAUCAUCUUUAUAGCAAUUUUAACGAAUUACUUUCACUUUCAUCGUUUCAUUCAUCAUUGUUUAAAAAUCAAUGUAAAUUUUGUAUGUAUUUAAGUUCUGUACAAACGCGUGUAUUUAUCAAUCGGCCAAGUAUUGUCAAAACUUUAAACAUUUUUGUAAAUAAAAUUGCAUUAUUGUA